AGAGACCGAGCAGGGGGCGCUGAUCGACUUCCCGCAAAGGAAGUGGACGCAGAGCCUACAGACCGGGUAAACUGUCGUGGACGUUUCCACAGCUUCUUUAGCUUCUCUCUGACGUGCUGAAAGGCACACGCUCAGAUACAAACGAAAUGUCUGUUUAUACGAAGGAGUACAUACAGGAGAAACUGCAGAAAGAGCUCGAAGCCACUUACGUGGACAUCGAAGAUAUUUCGGAUGGAUGCGGCGCCAAGUUCAACGCUGUUAUUGUUUCUCCAAAGUUCGAGGGAAAGGCGCUCUUGGAAAGACACAGAAUGGUCAACACUGUCCUCAGUGAAGAGUUGAAAGUCAUUCAUGCCUUCUCACAGAAGACCAUGGCACCUGCACAGUGGGAAGAGAAAUGUAAAGCAGAGAAAUCUAAGGGAUAACUAUUAAUAAUGGCAUAAUUAGAUGUGAUUUUUUUUUUGCAUGCAUGUUUGUACAUUUUUGUAUUGCAUAUGCUACAACUUCAAACACAUUUAAUAAAGCAGCAAAUUUCUAUUCUCU